AUGCCAAACUCGCCCAAGUUUCAUACGCGAGCCGGAUCGAGAGCUUCCCUCGUCUCAGUCGGACAGAUGCCCGUCAUCAACGAAGACGGCAACGCCAUCGCCAUGUCAACAGCACCAACGACGCCACCACCAGCAAUGCUCCGUGUGCCGGCCAAGAAUCCUCGACGAAGCAUGGGGCCUCCAGCUGAAGGAGAAGCUGCACCGUACGUGGUUGGCUUUCUGGCCAUGCCGCCAGGAAUUCUGACUCCAGUCGAAUGCAAGGACGAGGGCGAUGAUGGAGAUGAGGACACUGUUGUUGGGCAGAUGACGCCGACGCCGCCUGUGCGUCCCGAGGAUGGGCAGUGGGACGGCGAGGGCUGGAAGUCGAAUACUAUGCAGAGAAAAUGUCACGUAGUCUUGGUCGUGGCGGUGAUUAUUGUGAUUCUCGUAGGGCUUGCUGUUGGGCUAACGCUUGGUCUUACAAAGACAUCAGACACCAACAGCCAAAGCGGUAGUCGAAGCGCUUUACCCUCAGGCUUGUCAACCGGCGCAUUCGCAUUCGACACGGUGCUUCAAGAUUCAUCCACAGCAUGUACUUCUAAUCCAAGUACCUGGAGCUGCCCGUCCUCCAAAGAAGGACCUCUGAUACGAUUUAACUGGAAUAUUACGAAAUCGAACUCGGGAUACCAAGUUUCUUCCGCCAACGACCCCAUAGCCUCUUCAUUUUCGAAUAUCCCCCUGACACUUCUCGACGGCGGCAAAGAGGACGAGAGAUUGGCGUUUUCUUUCAAGUGGAAUGUCUCCUUUGAGCCGCCAAUUACCACGACCAAUCGGGCUGCGAAAUGUACGUAUACAGACACCACCUUCAUGGCCACGCUCUGGACGAAGCGCGGAACGCAGCAGCCGUACAGCGCAGUUCAAAAGAGAACGGGGUAUGGGAACUGGACGGGAUUGGUGGAGAUUGCAGAGAUUAAGAACGCUACUCUUGGAGUGCCGGAGUGUGUGGAUUCUCAGGGGAAUGUGAUUGCGGAUGUACAGGCUGAGAUGGGGACUUGUGCGUGUAUCUAUAGGACACAGGGGUGGAAAUAA